AUGUUAAAUCUCAAAUUCAAUCUCUGCGCAAACAACCACCGACAACAACUCCAUAUUCUAGUCGCCGCUCCCACGAACCUCUGUCGUGUCGAACUUGCCUGGAGCAAUAGUCGCCCAAAGCCAAAGCCUCAUCUUCACCUUUCAACUUCCCAUUCCAAUCCGAUCUCGAGUCCCUCCUUCCUCUGCCCAGCUCCGGCUUCGGAUUCGGCCUCACCUUCACCUUCACCUUCAGCUUCAGCUUCAGCUUCACCUCCAGCUUCACCUCCAGCUUCACCUCCAGCUUCACCUCCAGCUUCACCUGCCUAA